AUGAGGCGCGCGCGGAGUGUCACGGGGCCCUUACGGCGCGCCCACCCCGCCUCGGGGGCCACCUGGAACGUCCAGGUGGUGCGGGGAAAAAUGAGUUCGCAAUGCUUGUGGCACGCGUGCCGCGCGCUCAGUGCUGGCUUAUUGUUAAUGCUUCUAGGAGCUGCUAUGGCUGUUAUAGGUUAUUAUGCGGAUACAUUGUCAGUGGCAGAAGAGGUGCGCGGUAAUUCUACAAUAUCGGUUAAAGAUGAGGCUCGGGGCUUCCACCUCAACAACUUAUCAUACGCCGGGCCCAUUGUUAUGGGAUUUGGAGGCUUCAUCGUAGUCGCAGCAUGCGUAAUGACGUUUGAGGCUAGAGACAGUGCUGCAAAAGUGACACCGGCUCGUCCACAGACGAUACCUCGUCCUCUACCACGCAGAGGUCCGUGCGCCGCGCCCGCUCGCCUGGAUCAGCUGGGAGUGUACCGCUUACCACACGUGCUGCCGCUGCCACACGCACUGCCACUUGCUCCGCCACAUCGCAUUAGGCCACCUCACGUCCGUCACAGAGCCGGAGGAGAGAAAGCGAAGGAUCGUGCGCGUUUCGGGUCGGCUCCUGACUUGCGUAGCGGCAGCGCGCGAGCUACGAUGCCCGUGACGGCGCUACGGCGCCCACUACGCCGCUACGCGCUCUCCGUAGACGAGCCGCCGCAUUCGGCCGUCAGUGCAAGCGCAGCGGAGUCAGAGUGUGGUUCACAAUCGUCCCUGGCAUUGGACCUGCACGCUAGUGGCGCGUGUGCGGGAGUCACGCUGCGGGUGCGGGACAACACGCGGCGGAGACCGCUCGCUCGGCAGCAGAGGCUAGUCGAGGAUAUGCAACCACCGUCAGCAGAAAGCACUAGUAAUGUAAACAACGUACACGAAUCACCACCGAAAGACAACGAAGAAAAAGAAAAUAGAAAUGUAGUAGAGAUGGUUCACUUAACCGUUGUACAUGAAGCGCGUGCGCGAAGCGCGCCUCCCCUACACUGUUCACCCCCACUAUCCCCCGCAAUUGUGAUAUCUCCCCCUCCAUCCCCUUCUAAACUACAAGAACAAACCACAAUUCUUAUAGAGGAACCGGAAAAUGGAGGUGUGGAAAAACCACCUGAUGAACGAAUA